AAGGUCGUCUUGGCUAAAUUGCCAUGUAGCAGACAUGGAAGAGGUAAACUGUACCUUUAUGGCAGAGUUCAUUCUUCUUGGCUUUUCUGAUGUCCCAGAGCUGGCAAUCUUUCUCUUUCUCGUGUUUCUUGUCAUUUAUGGAGUGACAGUCAUAGCAAACCUGGGCAUGACUGUACUGAUUCAGGUCAGCUCUCAACUUCAUACUCCUAUGUACUUUUUUCUCAGCCACCUGUCAUUUGUGGAUUUCUGCUAUGCUUCCAUCAUUGUGCCAAAGAUGUUCACUGAUAUUAUCAACCAGGAUCAAGUUAUUUCUUACCUGGAAUGCAUGUUACAAUUUUAUUUAUUUUGCACUUUUGCUAUCACUGAAGUCUUCCUAUUGGCUGUAAUGGCCUAUGACCGCUUCGUGGCCAUUUGUAAUCCACUAUUGUACACUGUCAUCAUGUCCCCAAAGCUCCGUCUUGUACUGGUGUCCUGUUGCUACCUCUAUGCAUCAGUGUGUUCUCUAAUUCACCUGUGCUUGGCCCUUGAGAUCACAUCAUUUAAAUCAAAUGUGAUUAACCACUUCUUUUGUGAUCUGCCUCCUCUCUUAAGUCUUGCUUGCUCUGAUGUUAGUACAAAUGAGUUUUUCCUGUUCAUCAUUGUCAAUUUCAAUGAGAUUCUCACUAUUGUGAUCAUCUUCACCUCCUAUUUGUUUAUCCUCAUCACCAUCCUGAAGAUGCGCUCUGCAGAGGGGAGACGCAAAGCCUUUUCUACCUGUGCCUCCCAUCUCACAGUCAUCAUGGUCUUCCAUGGAACGAUCCUUUUUAUUUAUUGUCAGCCCAACUCUGGUAACAGUCUAGAUGUUGAUAAAGUGACUACAGUUUUCUAUACUGUGAUCAUUCCCAUGCUGAACCCCCUGAUCUACAGUCUGAGGAAUAAGGAUGUGAAAGAGGCUCUUAGAAAAAUGUUAGGCUCUAAAAAGAAUUCUUUACUAGAUUUCUUUUUUUUUGUUUUUAGCAAAACUUAGGGUUUCAUAGUGAAGACCAAUAUAUAUAGGCAAAUAGGUGAGCCUAAUGUAGAGCAUUGAAAAGGAUGGC